AUGGCUAGCGAGGAGGAGACAACGACAACGAAAAAGGUGAUCAAGCGAAAGAAGGUGGUAGAGGACAGCUCCGAGAGCGAGGAGAUUGAAGAACUGCUUGUGGUGAAGAAGGCACGGAAAGUCGGUGGGGCACGCAAAUCUGAUGCGAAGGGAAGGGUUUCGAGGGAAGGGAAGACACAGGGGAAGGUGGGCGAGAAGAAGAAGACCGGGGCGGCACAAAAGAAGUCGAUGGGAGGGAGAGGCAAGAUGGCGGGAACGAGCAAUGAGGUGAUCGAGAUCAAUGAGGAAGGUGAUGAGCGAGACAAUGACCCGGAGGGCGACAAGGAGAGUGAGCAUGCUGGAGAGGAGGAUGGGGUUGGGUAUGGAGACAACAAGUCAUCUGACAACGAAGAACUCACCCUCCCGAAGAAAAAAUGA